AUGCUGGGCUCCUCUCUGGUGGACCUGAGUUUUCUAGAGUGGCUUUACGUUUGCUUUUGCCGGUUACCCAGGCUUCACGGCUUUGAUAUCCUCCAUUUGAUUGCCAACUCCGCACAAAGCGAUCGUCAAAGCCUCUUCCAAGCUGCGGAGCGAAACCUAGAUGUGGAAACCCUCUCCAGGGCCGCCUGGGCGCCUGGCAUUGCUUGGCACACGCAGCCCCGGCCGGGCUCCAGCCAGACUGCUGACCUCGCGCUGGCGCUGUGUGAUAUAACUCGCUCGCACGGGGAGGCGUUAACUGUCUCGUGCCCAAGCUCUGAGCCCUCACGUGUCUCCAAGAUGCAGGCUCCUGCGAUGCCACUGUUCUGA